GAGCUGCGAACUCGCAUUCGAUCGAGAACUCGAACCCGCUGACUGUGGCAAGGAUUGGUAAGAAAACACGACUUAUUCGACAGUAAAAACUUCAGAGUUGAUCAUUGGGUAAUUACCUUGUGAGAAAAAGCAGUUGAAUAGGGACAAGAAUCAAACAUCGUCCGCCAUUUUGUCGAAAAAUGGCGGCGUCGCUCAAGUGUGGCAGCGUUUGGCGCCAGUUUCCACUUAUUUGUGGCAUCUUCUCUUGUGCUUUUCUUGUUUUAUCUGUUCCAGGCAUUGGGGCACUGAAAUUUCUCAGUCCUCCAGCCCAGGUGUUACCUGCCAUACUGGGUAUGAAUAAGGACAUAAACUGCACAACGGAUGAACCAAGUGCUACCGUCAGACUUUUGCACCAGCCUACAUUCACCAAUUGGGUUGAACGAACUGUUACGCCAAAUAAACUUAUUUUAAGGGGACAAGUGUUUACGUUGUUGAAAGUCAAUGUCAAAGAUGGUGGAAGGUAUAACUGCGAGGCAACAUACAAAAAUCAAACUAUUCGAUGGCCAACAGUUUAUGGCAUGGCAGUGAUUAGUCAAGGUCAAUUGCCAGACCACUUUAAAUUGAUUCCUGAGAAACCAAUUAUUUUGGUACGAGGAGGGACAGGAGAAAUUACUUGUGAAGCUGAGGGUGUUUCAGUUAGUAAGCUUCAGUGGAAGAAAGUGUUGUCUCAAUCUGUUGAGCAGUCCGUUCCUGACAGCAAGGUCACUAAUGUUGUAGACAAUGCUAAUAAUUUAGUGAAGGCUAUUCUAAAAUUCACAAAUGCUCAACCCCAAGAUACUGGUGACUACAAAUGUGCGCUGACUGCAUUUGGAAAGCAAGGUCGUAAGCUAACAAGCGUACGAGUUGAUGAUGUUACACCACCUACCAUAAGCCCCUUCAGUGGAGAUACCACAAUAAAGGAAGGGACACAAAAGGUUAUCAAGUGCGUAGCAAAAGCAUCUCCAAGACCAAGUGCAAUCUGGUACAGAAAUGGCAAGAAAUUAGAUAGUACAAACUGCACCAGUGCAAAUGACAAAAGCUGCGAGGAUGUCAUUUAUGAGGUCUAUGAAGAAAACCCUAGUUCAGCAUUGCACACUACUUAUUUUAUUCAAGUGCUUAAAAUACGCAGUGCAUUGUAUCCCAGAGAUCAAGGAAAAUUUGUGUGUAAAGCAACAAAUGGAAAUGACCCACCUGCUGAGUUAGAUUUUGACCUGGAUGUGCAAGCUGCACCUGUAUUGAAACCUUCAGAUCCAGUAUUUAUUGCCGAUGGUUUAACAGGAGAGGUGUCUUGUUCGGUGGUCAAGGCCAACCCUCUGCCACUGUUCACGUGGGAAUACAAAAAUAAGAAUUGUGGGAAGAAUUGUAAGUGGGAAACUGUUCCUGGAAAUCUGGUGCUCACGCCCACAAAUACGCCCACAAAUGAAAGUGCUGUGCAAGUAAAAAAAGACCAACCGACUGCUUAUUACCGGUGCAACACAAGCAAUACCGUGGGAAUAGAUUCUCAUACUGUAGAAUUUUUUCGCCUUGCAAAAUCAAGGCCUCUGGUUGAGUUUGACCCCAACAGCAUAGCGCAGCACAAUGAAAAGUCCACUUUGCGUCUGGUUUGCUUUGAUCGGUGUGACCUCUGCCCUUUCCCCUCUCAGUUUGCAAAAGAUGGUGUCAAUCUCUUAUCUACAAAUGAUCCACGUGUCAAUGUCACUUACUAUAAAAAGACAGACAAGGAGCCAGAAAACAGGCUUGUGCUUACCAUUAAGGACUUGACAUUGAAUGAUUCUGGAAACUACACAUGUAGAUCGAGUGCCAAGCCAACGAUUUUUGCUGAUAUUUAUGUUACGGUCAACAGGCUGGUUGCACCCGAAGUCAUUGUUCAACGCAAUAAAACCAUAGUUCAAGGAGCCAACUUGUGGCAGACACAGUUGUUUUGUAAUGCUACUGGAAACCCGAAGCCGAAAAUCACUUGGUACUUCUACAAGGAUGGUCAAACCAUUCAAGUGAACGAGGCAGGCAGUGGUCUCCAAGGCGAUCCAGAUAAAUGCGAGAAACGGACUGAUGAUUUUUAUUUCUUACAAAGUAAUGAUCCCAAACACCUUGUCAUUUGUAAUCCCAAGAAAAGGCACACAGGACAAUACAAGUGCCGUGCCGCCAACUCAGAAGAUCAGAAGGAAGGGAGUGUCUUUAUAAAUGUGCAGAUGAAGCCAGAAAUACUUGAACCAGAAGAUGGCUACGAAACGCCAGUAAAGGAAAUAGGCGCACCACUGAAUGUUACCUGUAGGGCAGACGGCAAUCCACUUCCUAAUGUUACGUGGCUGAAGAACAGCACAGGAGAGAUGUUUGAAACAAAGCAAGGCUCGCAGCAGCUGAUCAGGUCACUAGGGGAAGAUGACUUUGGUAUUUACACAUGUAUUGCUCGUAAUCACUUGGGGAGACGAGAAGUUUCAAUAAAAGUGGUAAAAGUAGGAUCAACUGCAGGUCGAAAUUCUGAUGACCCGUCACUGAGUACAGGUGCCCUGGUGGGAAUCUCCAUCGGUGUGGGUGUUGUGGUGCUUGUGGUGUUGAUAAUUUGCUUGGUGGUGUAUCGCCGACAGAAGAAGCAGAUCGAUGAGUAUAAGGAAAUAUACUUCCUGAGGCAAUCAGACUACCAGAUUGACCCAGAUCGCAGCCUCUUGGAACAAUGUAACGAUCUCCCGUACGAUGCAGACUGGGAGUUCCCAGAGGAGAGACUCAUCCUGGGGGAUGUACUCGGCGCUGGAGCCUUCGGACAGGUCGUCCGAGCGGAAGCUAUCGGCAUCCUAGCCCUCAAUCCGCGAGACAAGAGUGCAGAAUCCUUCAAACGGCGCUCAAAGAUCCGCCGGUCCUCAAGAGCCAAGGACCUCAAGAAGGAAGAUAUUGGUGGGGGAUGGAAAAACAUCAAGGUGCCUGUCGCAGUGAAAACCUUGAAAGAGGGUGCUACGGAAGCAGAGUACAAGGACUUAGCCUCGGAACUCAAGAUUCUGAUCCACCUUGGCCAGCACAAGAACAUCAUCAAUCUGCUGGGAGCCUGCACGCGGGGAAAGCGACUGAUGGUCAUCAUGGAAUUUGCCCCUCAUGGCAGCUUGCUGUCUUUUCUUCGGACAAAGAGGGACAUUUACGAACCCGACUGGACCAAGACAACAAACGAUCCGGACAAAGAGUUCACAUUAGUUGAUCUGGUGAUGAUCGGUUAUCAAGUUAGCCGAGGCAUGGCAUUCCUGGCAUCCAAGAAGUGUGUUCAUAGAGACUUGGCUGCAAGGAACAUUUUGGUCGGGGACGAUUUUGUGAUGAAGAUAGCUGACUUUGGUUUGGCGAGAGACAUCUACAAAGAUGAUCUUUAUGUGAAGAAGACGCAAGGUUUGCUUCCUGUGAAAUGGAUGGCUCCCGAAUCACUCUUUGACAGAGUUUAUACAGAGAAAACUGAUGUAUGGUCGUUUGGCAUCUUGCUGUGGGAGGCAUUUACUCUUGGAGGUACCCCCUACCCUGGCCUGCCCACAGAGCAGCUGCUUGACUACCUGAGUGAUGGAAAGCGGAUGGAGAACCCAGCCAAGUGUCCGUUGGAAGUGUACACUCUCAUGAGGGACUGCUGGGUUCACGAACCGGACCAGCGACCCCACUUUACGGCCCUGAACGAACGGCUGGGCAAAAUCUUGGAGCGAAACAUGAAAACGGACAAUCCAUACCUAGCGCUUCAGAUGGAUGACGAUGAUGGAGCUGCCAGUCAGGGCUACUAUCUCCAACCAUGUGAUUCUGGCCUUAGGGACUCCAAGAGGUAUGUGGAGUCGCCUGUCCAUUCUCCGUCAAGCGAGGUUCCGAACGCAGUCGGCGAAGGCGAAGGAAUAAGGUACGAUUCUCCUUUACCCGCCUUGCCACCAGGCCUGGCCAUCAUCAGCGACGAGGACAUUCAGAACUCACCCCUGCCUCCCAUCCCUCCCUCCUACGAAGACGCCAUGAGUGACGAAGGGGAAGCAAAACCGAGGACUUCUGGAAGCACCAACAGUGCGGCGGGGGAGAGUGGUAUUGACGUAGACGGAGAGGACGACGGAGGUGAUUACGUUGACGAUUCACGAGUCGAUUCCCCAUUCCUCCCCCGUGAGGGGAAUAAACCGGUUGCCAUAGCGAUGAGUGGUGCUGCCAAGGUUCCCGAAGCGGAAGUGUUGAUCAAGGGACAGAAGAAAAAAAUUGAAACAGCACUUUAAGGUGUUGUUUACCCCCGCGAUUCAAAUUCAAUUUGACAAGCUGCUGAAUUAUAUUUAAAAAGGCUAAGGAGAAAGCUAACAGCACUGCCAUUUCCAUUCGGCUAGGGAAUCACGUGCAAGACCGUAAUAACGGUAGAGAAUAAUUAUUCUGCAAGGUGAAUGUAACCAACUCUAGCAGCUACUACAGUAAAGAACAAUGUCACGCUCCGUAGUUCGUGACGACACAGCAAUAACGUCACGCAACACCUUGUGCAAUUCUUUGCACUUUUUCUAUGAACACAGCCACAGCGAAACUGCAGAGUAUACGAACAUGUAUAUUCUCGUAUCGUUCUGUAAUAAUUUAAGGGGCGUACAAGAGCAUUGUACAUAGUUAUUUAAAACUCUGUAUCCGAACGCUUAGGUAGUUUUUAAUACUAAAAGUAUUUGCAAAUCCAAAUCCUGUAGUUAAAGCCGUAAUAUUGUUCUUUUUAAACAGUAUCUUUUGAUCCAAUUCUGCUAUAUUAAAUAUAAUUUAAGUCGAUAUUUUACCCUAAUUGGUCUCAUGAUAUUAGCUGUACAAUAUUGUAUCAGUAACCCUGACACAAAUUUUAGUCAUAAAAGUAAGAGAGGUUCUUUGGCUUACUAAACCACUCUGGGUGUUUAAAUUGCACCCGAAUAGGUUCUUUAGGUUCAGUAUGACAAUCUGGUUGUGUUCUUCUGCAAGCCUGAAGUUUCAAGACUCCAGUAUUUCAUCCAAAAAGAAAUGUACGAGUUCAGUUUUUACGUAUGCAUUUUAACGAGAACUAAAGACUGAUCUUUCGACAUAAUGUAAUCUAAAUAUCAGUAUGUUAUUAGACCUUUUUAUGUAGCUAGCAUUUUAACACAGUUUUUAAAUUACUUCACAUCACAUAAUGACCCACUAUUUAACAAAUGACUGGUGCGUUUUAGUCGUUUUGUUAAAUACGAUUUUAAUUUAGACUUUAAACUAAUGAUAAUAUGGGUAAUGUAAAAAAUAAAGAAUCAUUUUACAAAUAAACUCGGAAUGUUUCUUGCUUG